AUGGCUUCUCGUACUCUUGCCGUUGCCCUUGCGGCAUGCGCUGCUGGUGCUCUUGCCCAGACUCCGCUCUACCAAAAGCGCUUUGAGUGGAACAACCUCCCUUACAAGGUCGAUACCGAUACCGGCGAGCGUGGUACCCAGUACGGUUACAACCUUUGCAACUCGACCACCGAGAACCAGCACUCUCUCUGCCAGACUGCCGUUGUCAACUCGAUUGAUGAUUUCUGCUUGUGGGGACCUCCUGAGCCCAACAGCGUUGUUGGAAACACUGAGGGAGAGGCUGUUGCUUAUUGCACGAAGCCCGGCCGCGGUACUCGACUUAUUCCACAGGGUGCUUUGACGGGUGUUCAGUUCAUGAAGACUCCCGACUACGUUCAAGUUGUUGGGUUCAUCGAGCAACAACACAUCAACAUGCAGGAAGAUGACUACGGAGGAGAGAUGGACCCUCACGGUGCUGACCAGCGUGGCAACCCUCUCGGUGGCCUCGUCUUUUCGAAUGCCUUUGGAACCGACAAGAGCCAGUACACUCAAGUUGUCGAGUGGCACAACUUUAUGGGUGGAAAGGUCUUCUGUAUGAAGGCUUGUGACCCCGCAGGCCCUAAUGCUGCUCACUACUGCGAGCACAUCUUCGACCGUAUUGGUUGUCAGUAUAAUGCGCCUGCGGCCUAUGCUCGUGGUGUAUUCGAGUCUUGCGAAGGUGAAAGCCAAGACUUCCCAGGUAUCUACACCGAUGCCAAUGGUGCCGUUCAGACCUACACUCAGCCCCCUGAGUCCCUCGGUGCUAUUACCACCGUCCCAUACACUCCUCGUAUCCCUAAGUCUUCCAACUGCGUUACUGCCACCAGCUCGGUUAUCUACACUGGUCUCCCUACCGGUACUGCUGCUUCUUCUUCUACGCAACCAGUGCUACUGCCUGCUGCGGGUUCCACCACUCGCUCAGGCUCGUCUACAUCUUCCUCCACGGCCGCCCCCUCUGCCAAUUCGGCCGCUUCUACUCGCGUCUUCGACUUUGCGGGUGUAGCAGUUGCAGGUGCCAUGACUUUCGCUGGUGCUUUGAUGGGCGUUGCUCUUCUUUAG